AUGUCGGACCAUCUUCGAGAGAUCGAGCGGCUCCAGCGCGAGAACGAGGAGCUCAGGCGCGAGAAAGAGGAAGCAAAGGCACGAGAGGAGGCAGAGCGACGCGAGAACGAGGAGCUCAGGCGCGAGAAAGAGGCAGAGCGACGCAAGAACCAGAGGACUACACUGGAAGAAUAUCUAUACAACUGCCACUUCCACCUCUACAAGAAACUCGCCCUCGCUGACAAAUCCAAGUCCUCGACGGGAUUCACGAAGGUCGAGGGUAAAUACUAUCCUAAGUGGCUUCGUCCCUGGACCAGCUUCACGAACACCCAGCGACAAGAUCACUUUGAAGCAAUCAGGAGGGUCUGUGGGGAGAGGCGGCUCUUCCAUCAAGAGAGUACGACCAGAGAUCUAGGAUCGACGAUCCAUCGCAAACGGGCAGGCAACGAGAAUGCCGUCGAUCAUUUUGAGAAGCUUGCCGUGGAAGAUCCUGUCUGGGAAAUUCUGCAUCCCGUCUGGGACGACGAGGAGCUGUGCAAGGAAUAUCGGUGUAUGGGACUACGAUUCAGCAACAACAUCCGGGAUUUCACGCAACCGAGCGAUGGUGUUCUGGUUGGGGAGGAGGACCUGAGCGAGGAAAGGCCGGAGCGACGGCGGCGGACCGGACCGAACAAGCGAGUGGCGUCCGAGCAGAGAGUCAAGCCUCCGGCGACGAAACCUGACGGAGCGGGUGUCCGUACGCGCUUGGGCGGAGAUGAGAGCCUAACGUUCGUCUAUGACUACAAGGCAGCCCACAAGGUGGCGUUAGAGCGCCUGAAGCCGGCCGUUGUGAAGGAGACGUUGUUUAUGGAGGUAAUGGAGCGGAUCAACAGCAACAAGUCUCUGAGCGAUGCCGAGCUUCGGGGACAAGACAGGGCGGAAGAACUGGUUGCCAUGGCGCUGACGCAGGUCUUCGACUACAUGGUAAGGUAUGGGGUUGCAUAUGGCUAUAUUGCUGCCGGCGAGUCUUUAUUAUUCCUUCACAUCGACCGAGCCAACCCGCAGACGCUGUAUUGCCAUCCGUGCGUGCCAGAUGAGGACGUGGGCGAAGCGUCAGACGGGGAUUGGGCCGACGAUAAGGUGUCCUAUACGGCAGCGGCUCAGCUGGCUAGCUUUUGCCUAUUGAGUCUCCGAUCUGAAGCUCUCAAAGGAGCUUCACUCGAUGCGGCGUUGCGGAAGGCUGAGGCAGCACUGAAGAAAUGGAGGGAGCCGUACGAUGAUGCGGCGUGUCUUUUAGGGGCGGAGGAUACGAACUCACCCUCGGCGUCGUCGUCGCAAGCAACGGAAGGCUCGGAGUUCAUGUCUAGCGCGGUCCCGGCCAGCCGAGAGGUCUCGCUGCGGUCAAGGCCGUCCUGCAGGUCCACGGCAGUGUUUCGUGGAGACGAGGCGGACGAAGAGGACGACGGGCCGGACGGCGAUCUAUACCGAUCUUGGGCAAGGACGGACGAGGACGAGGAUGCCGAGAUGUCCGAGUCGGCACCUGUCAAGCAAUACUGCACGCAGGCCUGCCUGUUGGGCCUCAAGAGAGGCUUGGAUCUUGACAGCAACUGCCCCAACGUGCUCUCGCAUCGGUCCGCUGAAGGUGGCACCCGGCACCCCAUCGACGCCCAUGACUUUGCCCGCCUCGUGGGCGAGCGGCUCCGCAAGAACCCGUAUCGAGACUGCGAGGCGUUGGACGGCUGGGGCAAGAUGGGAGCGACAGGCGUCCUCUUCAAGCUGGAGCUGGCGCCGUACGGGUACACGUUUGUCGGAAAGGGAACGCCGUUGCUGCAUCCCCGCCGCCUGGAGCACGAGAGCCAGAUCUACGCGCGGCUCGACAGGAUCCAAGGCGAGGUGGUACCGGUACACCUGGGACUCGCGCGGCUAGACCGGGGCUACAUACUCCCUGGCGGAGCCAGGGUCUUCCACAUGAUGCUGAUGUCGUGGUGCGGGGAGCCGAUGGCGAACACGGUGGCCGCGGGUGCUGGCGCUGGCGCGGCGGACCCAGCGGCGGAAGUGCGGCGUUCGUCGCAGGCCGUCUGGGCCGAGGGCGUCGACCACGGCGACGAACGCGAGGCCAACCGGCUUUGGAACGACGAGCGCCGCCGCGUCAUGCUCAUCGACUUCGACCGCGCCACCCUUCGUCCAAACCUCAAACACAACCAGCUUGUCAAGGUAUCCGGGAAGAAGAGGAAACGGCAGGGAGAUGAAUUUGGGAAUUACAACCGGAAACGUGGUUUCCGACAAUAUCACCUGCAGUCAGUGUAG